AUGAUUUUGAAGCUUCAACCGUAUGACUUCAACCUCGUGCACAAAAGCGGCAAGGACAUGGGUCUAGCAGACUGCCUCAGCAGAUUACCGUUAGAAAAACAAGAUGAGAAAACUAUCGAUGAAGAGUUGAUGGUUUUGAAGCUCGACACGUUGUCGUGUUCAAACCAUGACAAAAUUGCACGCGCAACGCAAGCGGAUGAACAAUUCCAAGUACUGGCAAAGGUUAUCAUUCGAGGAUGGCCAGAAACGAAGUGCGAAGUUCCAGUUGAAGCCGUUCCAUUUUGGGAUUACCGCGAUGAAAUAUCAAUUUACAAUGGAGUUCUGUACCGAGGGGAACGCGUGUGUAUCCCGAAAGAAAUGAGAACAGAAACGUUGAAAGCGAUACAUAAGUCGCAUUUAGGGGUAGUAAACUGUAAAAAGAGGGCGAGAGAGUUAGUAUUUUGGCCCGGCAUGAACAAACAAAUUGAAGAUCUUAUUGGCAAGUGUAGUGCGUGUUUAAUGCAUCGCAAGAUGAGCCAAAAGGAGCCAAUGAUCAUCCAACCAGUACCUGAGCUACCCUGGAGCAAAGUUGGAAUGGACUUAUGCGAACUAGAGGGUAACAAUUACCUAAUCAUUGUAGACUACUUCUCCAACUUCAUUGAAGUAGCACCAUUGCAAAGAGACACUCGAACGAGCACCAUCUUAAAACACAUCAAGCAAAACGUGGCUCGUUAUGGAAUCAUGGACUCAAUCAUCUCGGACAACGGUCCACAGUUCACCAGUGCUGAAUUCCGAGAAUUCAUCGAAAAAUAUGGCAUCACCCAUAUUACGUCGUCGCCUUUGCACCAACAAACAAACGGCCUUGCUGAAAAGGCUGUACAAACCGUUAAAAAUCUAAUUAAAAAGUGUAGCGAAACAGGGGACGACAUCUACUUAGCCCUGUUAGAACUAAGAAACACACCACGCGAUAACAUCGGAUCACCGAUGCAACGUUUGAUGGGUCGACGCGCAAAAACACUAAUACCUAUGAAACAAACAUUGCGACAACCAGAAACAACCAGUGAAUAUGUCGCACCAAAGUUGUUGGAAUUUCGUGAAAAGCAAAAAUUCUACUACGACCAACACGCGAAGAGCAAGGACAAUCUUCAGCCAGGGGACGCAGUAAGAAUUAAAACCCCAUCUGGUUGGAAACCGGCAGAGUAUGUGAAACCGUCCGAAUACCCACGAUCACAUAUCGUUAAGGCAGGCGAAUCGGGGCGCGAAUAUCGCCGAAACACGGACAUGCUAAUGAAAACAAAGGAAAGACCACACAUUAUCACCACAAACAAUGACGUGUACAUACCGGCACCCACAGCGCCAACAGAGACGGUAGCAGAACAACCAUCAACAACUCCAAAUCACAAAAACAGUGCUAGUGCGAGAUCGAGCGAAACUCGAGACAAACCGGGGAAAGAGAGUGUACAAGACACUGUUAGAAAGAAAACGAGGUCAGGAAGAGAAGUUCACAAACCGAUACGGUUAAAUGACUAUGUGUAA